GGCCCUCAGCACGCCCAGCUGGGAUCCUCCCGGAGCCUCCUCAGGGGACACAGCCGCUCUCCUCCUCCUCCCAAGUGGCACCAUGAGGGCCCUGUGGCUGUGCUGGGCGCUGUGGGCGCUGCCCCUGGCCCGCCCCGGGGCGGCCGUGACCGAGGAGCAGAUCCUGGGCAGCCUGCUGCAGCAGCUGCGGCUGCGCGAGGUGCCCGCGCUGGACCGGAGGGACGCGGAGCGGCCGGUGCCCCCUGCCCACGUGCGGGCCCAGUACGUGGCCCUGCUGCAGCGCAGCCACGGCGUCCCCUCCCGCGGGAAGCGGUUCAGCCAGAACUUCCGAGAGGUGGCCGGCAGGUUCCUGGUGUCCGAGGCCUCCUCGCACCUGCUGGUGUUCGGCAUGGAGCGGCGGCUGCCCCCCAACAGCGAGCUGGUGCAGGCCGUGCUGCGCCUCUUCUGGGAGCCGGUCCCCAAGGCCGUGCUCCGCAGGCAAGAGCGGCUGUCCCCUCGCAGCGACCUGGCCCGGGUCACCGUCGAGUGGCUGCAUGUGCGGGCCGACGGCUCCAACCGCACCGCCCUCAUCGACUCCAGGCUGGUGUCCGUCCACGAGAGCGGCUGGAAGGCCUUCGACGUGACCGAGGCCGUGACCUUCUGGCAGCAGCUGAGCCGGCCCCGGGAGCCCCUGCUGCUGCAGGUGUCGGUGCAGCCGGAGCACCUGGGCCCGCUGGCCUCCAGCGCCCACAGGCUGGUGCGCUUUGCCCCCCGGGGGCCUCCGGGCGGCGCGCAGGGCGAGCCCCAGCUGGAGCUGCACACCCUGGACCUCGGGCUCUUCGGAGCUCAGGGCAACUGUGACCCCGAGGCACCCGUGACCGAGGGCACCCGCUGCUGCCGCCAGGAGACGUACAUUGACCUGCAGGGGAUGAAGUGGGCGGAGAACUGGGUGCUGGAGCCCCCGGGCUUCCUGGCCUAUGAGUGUGUGGGCACCUGCCAGCAGCCCCCGGAGACCCUGACCUCCAAGUGGCCGUUCCUGGGGCCGAGGCAGUGCAUCGCCUCGGAGACGACCUCGCUGCCCGUGAUCGUGAGCGUCCCGGAGGGCGGCAGGCCCCGCGCCCAGGUGGUCAGCCUGCCCAACAUGCGGGUGCAGAAGUGCAGCUGCGCCUCGGACGGGGCGCCCGUGCCGAGGAGGCUGGAGCCGUAGGCGCUGGGCACGGCCACGUGGGGCUUGACCUGUUGCCUCGGAAGUGUACUGGGUGCCAGGAGAGAUGGGGGCCGCGGAUGGGCAAAUGCUCUGUGCUCUCGGCUGAGCUCUGAAUCCGCUUCCUCCGACCGGUCAGCUCGCCUCCUAAUAGUCACUCCCCUGGUCACCGGGCAGCCCGUCCAGGCUUCUCGCGCCUUCGUAUUAUCCGCUGCACUAGAUCCUAAG